AUGUACUACGUAGGGCACGAGGCAAAGAGAACUGGAGUCGGGAUAGUGCUGGAUCCAGAAAUGAAGGAAGGUGUACUACAGGUACAUAGAAAGUCGGACAGGGCUAUGUGGGUGAAGAUGGAACUUGUGAAGGAGGUCGUCAACAUUGUAUGUGCAUACGCCCCACAGGUAGGGUGUGAUGCGGAGGAAAAGGAACAUUUCUGGAAGACCAUGGGAGAAGUCAUGCUAGAGAUCCCAGGGACGGAGAAAGUCUGGAUAGGAGCGGACCUUAAUGGUCAUGUAGGAGGAGGAGUGGAUGGUUAUGGAAGCAACAUCGGGAAGUUUGGAUCUGAAACACGGAACGAAGAGGGGGACAAAAUCCUGGAAUUUGUGGCGGCAAACAAUCUUGCGAUCACAAACACCUACUUCCAAAAAAGCGAUUCCAGAAGGAUCACCUAUACCAGUGGCAGUGUGAACUCCCAGGUGGACUACAGCAUCUGCAGAAGGAGUGAGCUAAAAAGGGUACAAGGCUGCAAGGUACUGCCAGGAGAAGCCGUAGCAAACAACACAAAGUAG